GUUCUUGGAAACCGCACCUCUCGCCUCUGUGGUUCCCACCCAAACAAACGAAGCUCAGCUGGAUAUUGUGUGUGUCCUCUGAAACACGUAGCAGCUCUGUCUGUUGUCAGCCGGUCUGUCAGCCGGACACAUUUCCAGAGGAGGAGCUCCAUCCUCUGUAAACCACAGACGAUGUUUACCCCCUGUGUCUGUCACCGUAUCUAACCUGCUCCUGGUUUCAACCAUUGCACAACAACUGUAUCGGCUGGGUGUAGCUAGCUAGCUGGCUCUGUACAGUCUGAGCCCGGACACACACACACACACACACAGCAGUCAGGCUUUUAUAUUUGAGCUGAGCUGGGCAGAGAUGACGAGCGGUUUGGUGACAGGCUUUUCUUUAAGACAAGUGUGGUAGUCACGGAAGACCGACCCGGUUCGGUUCCCGGUGCUGAGGAUUCGUUGAGUCAAGCUAGCUCCAAGCACACUGACCAGUCCACCUAGUGGCCUCACAAGUGGACCGCCCCUGGCCCGCACUGUUUGCUGUGCCGUGGCCUUGUCUCACCUUUUCCAGACACUGUUAAUAUGACUGCAAUGCGUGUGGAUGCCAAAGUGGUGAUGCUAGGAAAGGAGAGCGUGGGGAAGACCAGCUUGGUGGAGAGAUAUGUUCAUCACCGCUUCUUGGUCGGGCCCUAUCAGAACACUAUCGGCGCAGCUUUUGUUGCCAAACCGAUCCAGGUGGGAGAGAAAGUGGUUACCCUGGGAAUAUGGGACACAGCGGGAUCAGAGCGCUACGAAGCUAUGAGCAGAAUCUACUACAGAGGAGCCCGGGCGGCCCUGGUCUGCUAUGAUCUGUCUGACAGCAGCAGCUUCCAGCGAGCUCGGUUCUGGGUGAAAGAGCUGCAAAACUGUGAAGAGCACUGUAAAAUCUACUUGUGCGGCACUAAGAGUGAUCUGAUUGAUGGAGACCGGAGCUUGCGCCAAAUCGACUACCAUGAUGCUCAGGACUUUGCUGAAGAGAUUGGUGCACAACACUUUGAGACCUCCAGUAAAACAGGAAAGAACGUGGAUGAGUUAUUCCAGAAGGUUGCUGAGGUUUACAACAGCACGGCCUUCCAGUACAUGACGGCAGAAGAAACUGGCGUGGACUUGGGCCAAAAGAAAGACUCCUAUUUCUACACCUGUUGUCACAACAACUGAUGCAGAGCAACACGAAGGGAAACAGAAGUGGUCACCGUCUCUCAGCUGGAGUCAAACCUGGCUGGGGGUCGGAUAUCUCCGCUUUGGAUCUGGAAUCCAAAUCACAGAAGGAAAAGAGGUCAAACAGUGCUGUUCUUUGUUAGAUAUGUUUAUUUCUUUUGUGCCAUAAGGAACAAAAGGCUGCAAGACUAUGGAGAAGGAUUUGCUACAGCUGCGACUGUUUCUGGGUGGGGAGGUAUUUAAAAAAACAAAAAAACACUUCCACCUUUUCCCUCAGUUAUGUCCUGUGUUAUAUCCCCACAUCAGCUGGUCACUGUAGCUCUGAGCUGGACCACAUCAUGGGAGUGAACCUGACGUUUUAGUGACCUGCAGUGGUGAGGAAGAUCCUCUCGAACCCAGACUGGCAGAGAAAACUUGAAUGAUGCUGUUUAUUGAUGUGGCGAGUACAGACAGUGCUACAGGGUGGUGAAUGGUUUGUUUACAGCAGUUCAUUUUUGUUUACAUCAAACUGUUAUUAAGCUCGUUGUGGAAGCCAAUCCGUUAGGCCUGCACAUCUUCAAUGACGCCUACACAAAUGUAGUGAAGACGAGGACGUAUGACUCUAAGGUCCUCAGUCGUACUUCACUGAAAUGAACCUUAACGAAACAUUUGCAAAUCUGGUAUCUUGAUCUUUAUAAAGGCAUUUAUAUGCACAGUAGAAAUGACAGGACCAUGCAUGCGUCCAAAAUGAGCUUUCUAGAGCUUUGGCUCGCUACUGUUUACCACAGCUUUUACCAUGUGACCGCUAUGGAUGUAAUAAGAGAGCUGAGGCUGGGCAGUCAUGGAGCCUUCCUGCUAAUUUCUCCCCUCUGGCUGCUUGUGACACUGAAUUAGACCAGGGUUAUCAAAGAGAAGUCUGUCAAACUGUGGACAGGAUACCCACAACUGUUCACGCUUCUUAUUAUGACUUUUUAAACCAAAAACACGAGAAAUAUUUUCAAAUCUUUAAAGCCGUUUUGUGUGAUGCCCUCCCGAUGUAAAGUCUCUGGGGUCAGCGAGACAAACACUGAUACUUGAGCAGAGGGCCCAACAACACAGACGCAAACCAGGAAGCUACAUUUCUCACAGACAGUCCGGCUCUUGUAACACAUCCAUGCUGACCGUAUGCACAACACACAUCUAAGUCUUUGGCAGCAAAAGCUAAACUGACCGGGAUCGUUUCUAAAUUUAAACUCUAAAUGUUCUGCUUUGUACUUCUGAAUGGAUGUGACACAUUCAGAGAUAUGACUAUUCAUUUCUGGUAGUGAAGCGAUCCUUCAGCGCUCUACCCACUAAUCUAAGCUUCCCUCUGCUGUGAUGAUGAACCACCGAUUUAACCAACACAGGAAGAAGCCUUGUGGCUGAAUGGGGUAACAUUGUACAAACUGUCAUCUCUCGAUGUUCUCAGAACAAUAUCUCCAGCUCUAUUCAACACUCAAGCCUCUAAUUUAUUGCCUUUUUUUUAUUUUAUUUGUGCUGCCAGAUGUUGGAAAAUAAACAGACGCCAUCUUAGUUUUCUCCAUGUUGAUGCUCUGAUGCGUUCAUGUUCUGCGUUGGAUUGUUUUGAUGCACAAUAUUUUUUAAUGCAGGUUGUUAAAGAAACUGGUGUAAAAUACAAAUGUUCUGUAAAAUUAAAAGGUUAUUGAAAGAAAA